UCACGCAUGCGCGUACCGUCAAUCUGGGGGACAUGUGUUUUCAAGCACGAAAUCGUUUUUCUAGCAACUGUUUCUAGCUAGUUAAAAUCAUAUUUCUUUCAGCUCAUGUUUUGCACGUAAGUUACAACAGUUACCCUUUACUGGUUUUGAUUGUUUCCGGUGAUAGAGUCGGAAUAAUCUUAACAGAAACACGUGAGAAAGGUUAUUUGUUAGUUACUGUAGCAUUCAUCGUUAGGACAGCAUGGGGCCCGUAAUAGAGCUCAUUGCUGGAAGUUACGAGCAGAUCGCCUUUGGUUACCGUGUGUCUACAGGUGAAGAGGAGUGGACAGCCACGGCAGACUUCACCCACCAUGCCCACACUGCCUCAGUGUCCGCGGUGGCCACCAGCGAGAGGUAUAUCGCUACAGGAAGCAGAGACGAGACCAUCCAGAUCUACGACAUGAAGAAGAGGGUUGAACAUGGAGCUCUGCUGCAUCACGACGGUACCAUUUCAUGUCUGGAGUUCUAUGGCUCCUCCCACCUGCUGAGUGGAGGACAGGACGGGCUGCUGUGUGUUUGGAGCACCAGGAACUGGGAGUGUCUUAAGUCCAUCAGAGCACACAAAGGUCAAGUUACGUCACUGUCCGUCCAUCCCUCAGGGAAACUGGCCCUGACUGUCGGCACAGACAAGACACUCCGGUUUGCUUUCUGUUUUGAGUACAUUUUUGGUUCUUGUUGUAGGUGUUCGAAACAUUCUCUAGGAACUAAGUUGACUGACGGUUUUUGUGGUUGCAGAACGUGGAAUCUAAUCGACGGAAGAUCGGCUUUCAUCAAAAACAUUAAACAGAAUGCGGUGAUAGUGAAGUGGUCUCCCGAGGGGGAUAAGUAUGUGGUAGUGAUCGGCGACAAGGUGGACGUUUAUGACCUGGAAACAGCGACUCUGACAUCAACCAUCAUCAACCCCAAGAGGAUCUCAUCCAUCAAGUUCCUCACUAAUUCCAUCCUGGCCAUAGCUGGGGACGACGAGACAGUCAGGCUGUGUGACAUCAACACUCAGAAGGUGCUCUGUGAGUUCGAGGCUCAUGAAACCAGGGUGAAAUCGGUGGACAGUUUCACCGUGGACGACUUCUGUGUUCUGGUGACGGCGUCAAACGAUGGCUUCAUCAAAAUGUGGAAACUUAACCUUGAGUCCUUGGAGCCUCCGGUCCUCCUGGGGAAGGUGAAUACUACAGCUAGGUUGACCUGUCUGGCCGUGUGGAAGCCCACCACUCUACAGGAGCCUCCCCCGGAGGUCAAAACAGAACCUACCACAUCUCACGACGUCAAGGAUGUACUGGAGCUUGAAAAGAAGAGGAAGAGGAAGAGGGUCAGGAUCUCGACUGUAGAAGUGGUCCAAGAGGAAGAUGCUUCACCCAAGAAGAAAAAAGAUGGUGGGAAAAAAAAGCUGAAAACUUAAUAAAAAAUAAAUAUUUUUUAAAAUUGUAGUUUCAACCUGGUGUCAGGUCAUUUCGUAUUAUUCUGUACGUAAAUCCGAGCUGCACCUUUUUAGUAUUAAUUUGUGGAUGUCCAUCACCCAUUUUGUAUAUGUUACGAGUUACAAUUCGUAUUAUAUGUUAUGAAUUUGCUAAAUAUAUGAUAUGUUACAUUCUAGCUAGGUGGCUAACAUUAGCUAGUCUAGGGGUUAGGGUUAAGUUUAGGAGUUAGGUUAAAGGUUUAGGGGAAGGAUUAGCUAACAUGCUAAGUAGCUAGAAAGUAGUUGCUGAAGUUGUCCAGGAUGAGAUUCAAACUCACAACCUUUGGGUUGCUAGAUGUUUGCGUUAUAUGCCCACCCAUCUACCCUGAUCAACCACCCUACUUUUGUUUUUUGCCUUAAGUAACGAUCCGUCUUAGGUAACCGUAACAUAUAAUACUAAUUUGAGCGUCCCGGAUUUACAUUUACUAUGUUACGCCUAGUCUGAGACCAGGCUGGUAUUUUUGGUGUGGAUAUGAUGUGGUCUUAUAGAUCUAUGUGACAAUGACAUUUGGCCACUAGGAGGUGACAGACCUACUUUAUAAACAGCUUGUAUGUCC